CUGCGGUUUUCACAGACAAAAUGGGAAAAGAUUAUCUCGGAGCAGAUCAGAGGAAAGCAAAGACGGAGAAGGAGGGAGAAGAAAAGGAGAUUAAGGCUCUUGAUGAUCGUGACAUUGCACUCCUAAAAUCCUACGGACAGACACAGUAUACAAAAGCUCUCAGGGCUGUAGAGAAUGAUAUUGCUGAGAUAUCGAAGCGUGUGAAUGAGUUGGCCGGGAUCAAAGAAUCCGAUACAGGACUUGCUCCUCCUGCACUAUGGGAUCUUGCAGCCGAUAAACAGUCUAUGCAGUCCGAGCAACCAUUACAGGUGGCACGAUGCACCAAGAUUAUCAACGCUGACUCCGAGGAUCCUAAAUAUAUUAUCAACGUAAAACAGUUUGCCAAGUUUGUAGUUGAUCUGGCGGAUAGUGUUGCUCCAACUGAUAUUGAGGAGGGGAUGAGGGUUGGUGUGGAUAGAAAUAAAUAUCAGAUUCAUAUUCCUCUCCCUCCUAAGAUAGAUCCAACAGUUACUAUGAUGCAGGUUGAAGAGAAACCUGACGUAACCUACAGUGAUGUUGGCGGUUGCAAGGAGCAGAUCGAGAAGCUGAGAGAGGUUGUGGAGACUCCUCUCCUACACCCGGAGAGAUUUGUUAACCUUGGCAUAGAGCCUCCCAAGGGAGUAUUAUUGUAUGGUCCCCCUGGAACUGGAAAAACACUGUGUGCCCGAGCUGUUGCCAACAGGACGGAUGCUUGCUUCAUCAGGGUUAUUGGAUCCGAGCUCGUUCAGAAGUAUGUAGGAGAAGGAGCAAGGAUGGUUCGUGAACUGUUUGAGAUGGCUAGAACUAAGAAGGCGUGUCUCAUCUUCUUUGACGAAAUUGACGCCGUUGGAGGAGCCAGGUUUGAUGACGGGGCCGGAGGAGAUAAUGAGGUUCAGAGAACUAUGUUGGAGUUGAUUAACCAACUUGAUGGAUUCGACCCAAGGGGUAAUAUCAAGGUAUUGAUGGCAACUAACCGACCUGACACCCUGGAUCCUGCACUAAUGCGUCCUGGUAGAUUGGAUCGUAAGGUUGAAUUCUCUCUCCCUGAUCUAGACGGUAGAACCAAUAUAUUCAAGAUUCACGCCAGAUCUAUGUCUGUAGAGAAGGAUAUCAGGUAUGAGCUGUUGGCUCGCCUGUGUCCCAACUCUACUGGAGCUGAGAUCAGGAGUGUGUGCACAGAGGCCGGCAUGUUCGCCAUCAGGUCCAGGAGGAAGGUUGCUACGGAGAAGGAUUUCCUAGACGCUGUUCACAAGGUUAUCAAGAGCUACGCCAAGUUCUCCGCUACUCCCAAGUACAUGACCUACAACUAACCCCCCCCCCCCCCCCCCCUUCA